UUGAAGCGGCGGAAUUUUUGUUAUAUAGAGAGAGAGAAAUGGAGAAUGUUGUAGAGAAAGAAAGUGGAUCGAUGAUGUUCAGCGAUGAGGAGUUGAGGGAGGUAAGUGGAUUGAAGAAAGGAGGGGACUUUGUAGAAGUGACAUGCGGGUGUACCAGCCAUAGGUAUGGCGAUGCCGUUGGCAAGCUUAGGGUUUUCUCCAAUGGUCGCCUUGAAAUCGCAUGCGAAUGCACCCCUGGAUGCAAUGAAGACAAGUUGAGUCCUGCUGCAUUUGAGAAGCAUUCCGGGAGAGAGACAGCUAGAAAGUGGAAAAAUAAUGUUUGGCUGAUGGUUAAUGGGGAGAAGGUUUCACUGUCAAAGACUGCAUUUCUGAAAUACUACAAUCAAGCAUCAAAAAGUGCCAACGGUUUCCAUAAAUCCCGUAAUGGAAGAGUCUGUCAUCGAGAUGAGUUCGUUCGCUGCAGCGGGUGUAACAAGGAGAGAAGAUUUCGAUUGCGGACGAAAGAGGAAUGCAGGAUUCACCAUGAUGCUUUAGCAGAUGUGAACUGGAAAUGCUCUGAUCUUCAAUAUGACAGAAUAACAUGCGAAGUCGACGAGGAGCGAGCAAGUCGAAGGGUAUACAGGGGCUGCCCCCGUUGUCCGACGUGCAAGGGGUGUACUUCCUGCGUGUGCUUUGGGUGUGAAACUUGCCGUUUCAGUGACUGCAAUUGCCAAACCUGCAUCGACUUCAUUAGGAAUGCCAAAGUUUGAGUCUUGAGCGGGUUCUUUUUUGGUUGCUCUGGUUGUUGUAUUCAU